AUGCCAGAAACAUCUUCGCGUCGGUCCCGCACCGCCCUUUGUGAGAACAUUGAUGAAGAUGCCGUGGCCGUACCCCGGGCUGCUCGUACCGAAGCCAACGCCUCAGAGUCAGCAUUUCAAGCUCCACGUGACAUUCAACUUUCAGCCAUGCAGCUCUUUGAGAAGCACGCAUCGCAGUGUGAGAGGUGUGAAGACCCCUAUGGAACGUAUGAGCGCAAGGACGUCCUUUGCGACAUCGGAACCAGCUACGCAAUAAAUGUUGUAAACUUCAUCUAUAUUGAAGGGGGGCGUCUCUUCCCUACAAUCGAUCUCAGGAGAGGAAACAACGUAAAAGUCGAGGUUCCCACUGGGAUGUACUCGGUCAACUUGCUCUUCAAGGCUAUAGGUAAAGGAAUGAAACUCGAGUCAACGCGAGCUACGUUGUAUGGCCAUGGGACACCAUACGUCGAGGAGACAGGCGAGGCUGACCCGUCGGAAAAUCCAACCUCGUGGGCACAGCCCAGCAGACACCACAGCCCUCUAUUCGAUGAUAACGUGGUUGAAAUACAACCUCAUGACCGUCGAGCAGACACGAGAAACGCAUCAUACAAAGAUGACAUGAAGCAACCUGAGACAUCUUCCGUCAGCUUUGAUCGACCAGAUCAGAGAGAGCGACUAUAUACUCGAGGGCUCGAUCGGAAUAUCGCGUCUCUUUCUAGAGCCGAUCAAUCCAAGAGAAUGCUCAGAGAAUAUGACGAACGGAGAAAUCGUGCAGCGCUUGAUCGUUCUGGGGCCAAACCCCCUUCUUUACAUCGACCCGAUGAUAUUCUAUUCACAAACCAAGAGAGCACCAGAAGGCCCAAAACAGACCAGUUACGAGAGCCCGUGGUCCUUGAGAGAAGUAUAUUCGAACCCGAUCCUCUUGAACAAGUUGCCGACCUAUUUGGGCGAUCGCCAACCCCCUUUCCCGUACCGCGAAGCCUUUUUGACGAAUAUGAAUGCCCAUAUAAUCUAUCGCCAGAACACUAUGAACGAUCACCUGACCUGACCGCAGAAGCCCUGCGCAAUCUGCAACAACAGCUUAGCAAUUCUCCAUGUACGACCACAAAUAACUCAGGAGUUCCUUCAUCUGUAGGAUCUCCCAAUCUGUCUUCGACUUCAGAAGGUCGUCAAACCACUCUUCCGGGCGGCUUGUCAUUCCCUUUCCCUGCCGAUUCUGCAGGUGAAGAUAGAGGUCUUCAGAGCGACUUGGAAUUAUGUUCACUUCAGAUACUGAAUGAUAGGCAGUCGGGUAUGGAGAGGGGAACGACGAGCAAUCCUUAUACCGUUAGAAUGAAUGAGAAUAUGAAGAGCACUGCUGCUUUUUCGGAUUCUGGCUAUGCCAGUGGGCGUGUCGAACAACCAGCCGAGGCGCCACCACAGACACAAUAUACAUUGUCAGUGGCAGAUGCUUUAGCCCCUGCGAACGAUCCUAUGGAUACCAAACGAUUGGAGGCAUCUCGAGAACUCUCCAAAAUCACGGCUACUAACUUUGACGACAUUAUAUCGGUAAUCUCUGACGAAGAUGAUAUUCAUUCUCGAGCGGAAAGUCACAAAUCCCGUCAAGUACUAGCUGCAGAGGACCAGAUCCUGGCUUUUUUUGCCCACCACAACGAGAUUUUCCCCUUAUGUUCUGAACUGCUUCCACAAAUGGGUCGAUAUCGAUUCGUCAACAAUUUCCGAAGGCUGCUCAAACCGUACUAUAAAGCUCAGCUCGGUUUAGCUAACAUAAACAUCGAAAAAUCGACUACCUUCCUUCUCCGGAGCCGUUUUCUACGCGAACGUAUCGCCAGAUCUAUCGCCGAUAGGUUGGAUCCUGAGGAGGAGAUUCGACUCGAGGCUGAGAAGCACUUAGGGGACAUCCAAGAUCAUACAGGAAUGGUGCAACAAUGGUUGGAGACACAAAAGGCAUUUGCACUGAAGGAUGACGUUGAGCAUAAUGAAGAUGAUCAGGUUGCGAGCCUUUCAGAGGAUGACGACGACGACGACGACGAAGAAUACGACGACAGGUUUGAGGACGCCAACGUCAACGAGUACCAUCACUUUCCACAUAUUGACAAAAUGAAGAAGUUUCUCGGGAGCAGCGCUGGUUUUCGAAAGCUCCUCAUAGAUCUCAAUAUGCUACUCCUUCCCCAGCAGUAUCGCUCAAUUGCUCACUCACUUUUGGCUAUUCCAACCGACUCCAUCAAGGUGGCCGCAAGUUACAAGAUAACAGUGUCGAACGCUCUCAAGAUUAGAGUGGAAGAAGCCACCAUGACUGAAUGGAAUUGGUGGCCAUUGGAACCGAGUGUCCGCCCUCCUCUUCUUGGCUUUACGAGGAUUUCCUGGAAAUGUUACUGUAAUAGGAGCCAAUGGCGCGACAUACCUGAUGCUUACAUCGCCAAUUUCAACAAUCUUCUCACUCUGAAGCGUCAUGAUAUAUUUGGUUCGUCUAUAUGCGCCAGAACUUUCUCGACGCAGAAUAUUGGGCAACACGCAAAGAGGGUGAUCCCAGCGGCCCACAAUCCCCCGCUCAAGACUUCACCAUCCUCAUCUGACCCUUCUAGCAGUGGUAGACCGUCGAAUGGGGGUUCGAAUUUCGGCAUACCGACAUCUCCUGGCCAGUUAUCCUCGUCCUCGGCCUCUCAGUCACCCUCAAGACCAUCCAUCGGUAGCGGGCACACCACGAGCAGCGCCACGAGUAUGACCAGCGUCAUGAACUCCGUCAACAUUCCCUCGCGUGAUCGGUUCGUUGUCUUUGGAAUCCACGGCAAGCGGCGAACUCUUGACAUAGUGCAUAUUAACACCACCAAGGACAAUGAUGACGUGAAGUUCUUGGACACACUUUUCACUUCUUAUCGAGCUCUCAGGGGUCGAAUGCGGCUAUGGUUCUCGAUUUGGCAGCUGCACCACUGUGAAUUUGUGAAGUUCAAAAAGAUUCUGCCAGAUCGUGUCUUGUCCGCCGGGCCUGAUCUGCCCUCUUGUCCGAUUGACUACAGCUACGACCCACGGCCUCCAGAUCCACGGGCUCCCGCUCUUGACAAGCACGUGUGGGAGCUUGCUCUUCUUCGACCCUGCAGGGGCGCUACACUCGGCGUCAACCUCCAAUUCUGUCUUUUGUCGUGGCUGCACGACUGCCUCCCCCCUCUUGGUGCUGGCUCGAAUAUCUACCUCCCCACGAUGCCACAAAAACAUAGCGAAUGGCUCCUCAAAACACCCGGGAUCGACUAUGCAUGGGGCAUCGAGGCAGUUGAGGAGCCGUACAUCAUCAUCCUGAUCAUGUAUCACGUCCUCAUGCUUGCCGCCCCGUUCGGCUUCUGGGCCUGGUGGCUGGUGUUCGAGCACGCCCGGACCGGUCAGUGGGAUCUGCAGGAUGCCUCGAUCCCCGUGUCCGUUUUUCUGGUCCUCUUGUCGCUCUUCUGGGCUGCCGCGAAACCCUUGAAAGUGUUUGACACAAGAUGA